AUGACAGAUACACAAUCUACAAUUAUUUCGCUAAGAGAAUUAAAUACCAAGCUUACAUUCGAGAUUAGCGAACUUAGAAAGAAGUAUGCCGAUCUUGAAUCCGAGAAUACAAAAUUAAAACAAGACAAAGAAGAAGUUGAAGCCAGAUUCUUGAAUUUAGAGCGGAGAGAUAGAGAAAAAACUGACCUUAUUGCUAAACUGAAACAUGAUGUCUCGCUAAUUAAGGAGCAGAGCUCGCAAAAUGGUAAUAGGUACAUCCCUGAACAGAUAGUCCUCUCUCAAAGAGAAAGUAAUGUCAAUAUACCCAACCUUGUUAUAAGCCUUGCUGGUACUAGUUCCAAAUCGUUAGAGGAUAAUAUCCCCACAUCUAAUAUAUCUGAUAACAUAUCUAGCGACAAAGUGACUGCCUCCGGCAAUUCUGAUACAUAUCAUGAUUCGUUAACCCCCAUGUCUCCCAUUCCUGCAAAAACUAUAUCAUUGGAGAAGAAGGAAGAAAAUGAAUUUAUGAAUUUGUAG